AUGGCUGCAGCAGCUCCAAUCACUCCUCCGACAUCCUACCCCUUCACUGUAUCUGGGAAAACUGCAAUUGUCACUGGUGCAGGGUCUGGAAUCAAUCUCUCUUUUGCAGCACUUCUCCUGUCUCGAAACUGCAAUGUCGUCUUAGCUGACCUGGCCCUUCGGCCAGAAGCUGAGACUCUCAUUGGCAAAUAUAGCAAUGCUACAAGCGGCCCCCGCGCCGUGUUUGUCAAGACUGACGUUACUUCUUGGCCGGCCCUGUCAAACAUGUUCAGCGUCGCGCUUGCGGAGUUCGGGGAUGUUGACAUCGUCUGCCCGGGUGCAGGCGUCUAUGAGCCACAUUGGUCCAACUUCUGGCAUCCACCAGGCUCUUCCGAGAGCAAGGAUGCCAUUGACGGAGAGCCUGGCCACUAUGCUCUACUAGAUAUCAACCUGAGCCAUCCAAUCCGCGUUACCCAGCUCGCAUUGUCUCACUGGUUGCAUCCGUCACCAGGGAGAGCCGUCGUCUCGCCGUCGAAUCAGAAGAGGAUUAUACACAUUUCCUCUGUGGCUAGUUACAUGGCAAAUCUCAACUGUCCGAUCUAUGGAGCGUCCAAAUUCGCCAUCACGGGAUUUGUUCGAAGUCUUGCGCCUUUAGAUGAGAAGCAUGGCAUACGCGUGAACGCCGUCGCUCCUGGAGUGGUACGCACGCCACUAUGGCUAGAGCAUCCCGAGAAAAUGACCUAUCUCGAUACAGAUGAUGGGUGGGUUACUCCUGACGAGGUUGCUGUCGCUAUGUUGCAGUGCGUGGAGAAUAGCGACCUGGUCGGAGGGACGAUCUUCGAGGUUGGGAAGAACAAUACUCGCUCUGUGCCAAGUUUUAAUGAUCCAGGACCAGACAGAGACCCAAAGAAGGGCUUGGUCGUGAGAAAUUCGAAAAACGGCAACGAUAUGGUAUGGACAUGGCUUCAGGACAAAAACAUUUGGGGCCCGCAUUAG